UUUCUACCAUACUACUUUAAAAUAGAAAAAAUCAGACGCCGUUAUAUAGUAUCGAGUAUAUUUUCAUACGCGUUCACAGUAUAAAGAUUAUUCAUAUUUUUCUAUGCUAUCGGUAAAAAUAACGAGAUACUUAAUACUAAGCCUAUAAAACUACGAACUGCGACAAUUUAACCGAGAACGAGUUUACAGUUGAUUAGCAGUUCAUUUGAGGUUAGUUAGCAGCGAUUGUUUAAUCAGAUUCGAGAGGAAAGACUCAUAGUUCAACUCUCCGCCUACAUAAAUCUAUCGGAGCACACAUAUGUUACAAUAUUCAUAGAAUCUACAAAGAGAAGAAAAAAUAAACGGAAUUUAAAAUCGGUAAAAACAAGAGACAGUAACUAAUAUAAAAAUUCAGAAUAACAUGUCGACGACGACGACGGAGGAUAAUAAUAUGGCGUCUGCGCCACGGAUACGACGACGCCGAUGCAAAUUUAUAGGAACCUGGUUGUCGCACAACCAAUUCGCAACCUGGCUAACGCCAGUCCGCGGUGAUGAUCACAAAGCGUACUGCGCGCUCUGCGACAAGGUGUUCUCCGUUGCCCACGGAGGCUUGCACGACGUGCGAGCCCAUUGGAAGGGCAAACGUCACAUCGGCCUUCAAGCAACAAUCGGAAACACCACCGAGAUCCCUAGCCAAUCCGAUCAGGUCCUUUCCCAAGGAGCAGGACAACACCACAACCAGCUGCAACCAUCUCAAUCCCAGCCACAGCUGCUUCCUGGUACUUCCUAUCAGGUCCACCAACUGCUCCUCAAAAGGAACACUCUCGGUGAUCUCGAGUUCAGCGAGCAGGAAAAUAAGUUGGUGGUUCGACAAAAGUCUGAUAAUAAGGAAGAAGGAAACGCAGAAUCAAACGGCAGUGAUUACGGAGGAGAUUCACUGUGGCUAAAAGGAGAUUUGGAAGAACUAGUCGAGGCGGAGGAUAUACAAGAGAUCGACGAGUUCGAGGACUCGGACAGGUUCGAAUUCGAACAUCAAACGAGCGAUUGGUCCUACCUCGACGAGGACGGAGACGAAGGCACCGUGACUGGGGUAGAGGAAGGCGACGAGACGGUGAACUACGGCGGGGAGGGAGGAGAGGUGGUGCCCAGCUUGCGCAUGCUGCAGCAGCGAGGCGGUUCAGCGUCAGCGUCAGCAUCCAGCGGCAACAUGUUCCCUCAACAAUACUGUCUAAGAUGGAAAUAUCAUCACAGCAACCUACAGACUAUGUUCUCACAGCUCCUAGAGCGGCAAGCAUAUUGCGAUGUCACGCUUGCUUGUGAGGGCAAAACCCUACGUGCCCACAAGGUGGUAUUAUCAGCUUGUAGCACAUACUUCGACACAAUCCUAUCACAGUACGAAGAGAAAGAUCCAAUCGUCAUAAUGCGGGACGUUAAGUUUUCUGACAUAAAAGUCCUCGUAGAGUUCAUGUACAAAGGAGAGAUAAACAUCGACCACACGAGGUUGUCAUCCCUACUAAAGACAGCGGAAGAUCUGCACAUCAAAGGAUUGGCUGAGGUCAGCUGGCGUAGUGACUCGGGUCAAAAUGACUUGAGCAAUAGUGGCCACAGUCCGGGAGCAGCUCCUCCAGGAGUAGAAGCAGUUCUCAGAGAAGGAGAUGCCGAUGAGCCUCCGCCCCCAAAACAAAGACGUAGAGGUCGUCCUCCGCUCGAUGAUCCUCCAUCUGCACACGACGUUUUCACACCAAAAGUCACCUGUGUAACUGGCAAUGCUGGCUCAGAAGAUGCAUUUAAUGAAGAGAUGAGCGAGGGAGACCACGAGAGUUGGGACGGUGAAAUGGUGAUGUCUGAGAAUAAUGAAACCCCAUUACCAGUGUUGUCCUAUAUGUCGAAAGAUGACGGAAAUCUAGACCAAGACAAAAAACCACCUAUCAACACGUCUAAUUCCAACGCUUCAAACCCAGCAAUUCCAGAACAAUUCCGAGAUGUAGUGAAAAUGAACGACUACUUGACGACUGGACGUCGCCAAGAAUUCUGGGAAGAGCCCUUCACGCGACGUGUCAUGGAUGCUAUAAAGAGUAAGGAACUGGAAAUGAAAACUGCAGCUGAAAUUCUUGGUGUGUCUUAUGGAACUUUGUAUGGCAGAUACCGUGACAGCUAUGGUUGCCUUAAACACCCCUAUAGAGUCAGAGAUUUCUGGUCAGAACCGGGCCCCGCGGAAGUCCUGGCCAAAUUACGAAGGAAGGAAAUUACACUUUUUCGAGCUGCUGAAUACCUCAAUGUAACCGUUCACACUCUCGCCACAUACUUAUCGACGCUCCAAGGAUCGGAUAGAAUCUCACUUUCUGGGGAAUUAGCUGGUCCCAUUACUUCACUCGACGGCAACAUGGAAGCAGAAAAUGAUGCGGUGAAUGAAAUACUUCAGAAAAUUAACGCCAACGUUGGGGUGGUAGGGCCGAACGCGUCGACACCCAUAAAACGAGAAGGUGGUGGAUUCCUAGAUGCUACGUCUCCGAUACCUAAGGCCGCAACUUCAGUUCUUGAGAAUAACCCCGAUAUUACUAUAGUGAAAACGGAAAGUAUGCCUCGCAAGCGGGAAUACUCGAAAGUUCCAAACUCUGAAAACAACAAUGCUAAAUUAAUGAGUGGUGGUGGAGUUAGCGAAGCGUCGCAACAAAAGCUCUCAGACUCGCUAUCGUUGAACAGUGACAACAACAAACCCUAACUAUUCAGGCCGUACUUGGCUCCUAUGAAUCCCAGAACAUCCCAUGCCAGCUACGCGUCUGAGCUUUGUCCACGCAGAUUUUACUCUAAUGUUUUUAGCAGGUUUUUAACCAAUUUUCAACUGAAUUAGCCAGGCAGGCGUACUGAUUUCAAUAUUUACUAUUGAUUUGACUUGGCUCUUAAGUUAUCUUUGCUCGUCAAUAAGGGAUUCUUCUCUUGUGCCCUCGAUCAGAUGGCAGUGGGUUAUGGUUACUUACAUCCAGUGAUAAAGAUAUUUUAUCGAUGUGGAGCUGAUUCAUUGUGAUUUAAUAAUUCAUGUUUAUUUCUUUUUUAAAAAGUCUUGAAUUUAUUACGUUAAUCGAAACUCGAAGUUCCAUUAAGUCCUAAUGUAGGUAGAUAAUAAAUUUUGAGAUGACUUGAUUUGUCAUAUUGGUAAUUACAUAGAUGUUCUGCAAAGAUGAAAUAUUUUUUUCUGAAAUCUCAGCUACUAAAGUGUAUGCGUGCUAUUCGGAUUAGGUAACUCUCACACCACAGAUUUAUGAAAUCCAGUAAAGAUGUUGAAUAACAUUGAUACGAAGAAAGCUUUAAAUAAUAAGAAACAUAAACGUGUUUCGUAUAAUCCCUUCUUGAUCGAUCAAUUCAUUCGUGAAGUUAAUAUAUAAAUUUCUUUGGGAAAAUCGACCGCAUUGAAACACAAAUAAGUUUAGUUUUUAGUGCAUAGCACUUUGAUGAAAAAAAUCUCAUUGUUUAAUUAAUUGAACUUGUGUGUAGUGAUGACCAUGUAAGUUUGGCUUAAUCAUAAAUGGUGUAGUUGUACACUACGCAAUGAGAUUUAGGUUGGCAGAAAAUAUUCCUAAGGGAAUUCACAGCGAUACACAGAAGAGGUGGUGAUCGCGAGCGGUUCGACCCGCAUCCGUCGUACGCAAAUUUCCACCACGGAUAUGUGGUGGCAACCUACGUCUCAUCGCGUAGUGUCUAACUACACCACUUAUGAUUGAAGCAAGUGUACAUACAUGUGUAACUUGUGAAAGAUCCUUGUUCACGAAAUCUGGAUUUUUUUUAUGUUCAAAAGUCGUAAUAUACCGCAAGUAGAUCUUUUAGACGAAUUAUUAGAAUUAAACGCGAGCUUUUUAUAGAAAUUUUCAGUGGUUUUUAUUUAGUGAUUAUCAUUAAUUGGUAUCGAAGAUUUCUUUGACACAGUACGAAAUAUAACGUCCAUUGUAAAUAUCGGUGCAAUAGUGGAACCUAAAAUUAAUAUUAUUUGUCACAAAAUCAUGAAAGCUAUUCUAAGAUAAGGAUAUACCUGUAUUUAAUUGUGCAAUUAUGUUAUUUUUUUUAAUUGUUUUCUAUAAGUUAUCGCAAAUAAUUAAUAUCGGGGUAUAUCUUGGUCGUGUCGUUGAUGCUUUGUUGGCAUGUGUACCAACUUGCAUUUCAAAUUAGUUUAUUUCGUGUGAAUUAUUUUGAAUUCAGUAUCCGCUAAGGCGGGUAUCAAAUCUAAAGCACACGUUGAACGUACUCACGAGAUAAUGACUGGAUAUGAGUAUUCCUGCUUGCUGAAGGUGAAUAAUAUAAGACCUAAGAAUAUGAUAAACGUAUUUCCAUAACACAAUAUUUUUAACGAUAGAAGAAGAAAAGUGUCCUCACAUACCUAACAUCCAUGAUUAGGGUGUGCGUAAAGUACUUGGCUGAAAUCCGGUGAAAGAAUUGGCUGCUUCAUUGAACAUUGUACAAUUUGUGGGAUGAUUAUAGAUUUUUUUUUCAUCCGACAACCAUCAGAGUAUUGCAUAUUAGUUAAGCGAGGAGGCUAAGUGUAUAGUAUUUUUUUUCUUUAAAAAUCAGCUAACAAUCAUGAGAAUACUAAUCCAUAUAUUUAUUACAAAGAUUGAUUUGUUUUUCGCUUAUUUCAUUGUGAAAAUGUUGACACAUGUUUCAGUCACUUUACGAACACUCUAUACCGAUUGCAUUAAUUUUUAAGUUUAUACUAUAACCAUUAUUCUCACUUUCCAAUGUUCUGUUCAUUACAUACAAUGAAUACAAAAGUAGAUCUGCUCAUCAUAACGACUAAUUCAAAUUUCAACAAACUCAUUACGUCUCAUUAAACUCGUAUUAAGUAAAUAAUGUUUUUACUUUAUUUUUUUUUCUUCUUUUUUUUUCUGUUUUUUGAAUAAAAUAAGACUAAGACAUACCAAAUGAAAAAUGUAACGACAAGUUUUGUUAGGAUAGUUCUAUCGCAUAUCAAGAGAGCAAAAUACAUGCUGAUGCUCUCUGUAUUGCCUACGCACGCCCCGAAGAUUAGGUGCAUCGGGGCGCACAAAGACCACUUUUACUCUAGCAAGAGUAUACGACUAGAAGUAUUAAUAUUAAAUAUUAAUAAACAGUACAGCGGUUUGCAAGUAAAUGGCUACGUUUUUUAAAAUUAUAAACAUACGCUUGCAUGUGAUUUAUUUAAGGUAUAAACUAUUUACAAAACCGAGAAGAUUCCUUAUUUAUUACGUUUCAUAAAUAAUUUCACUAGUAUUAUUCCGAACAAGUAACUCUCUCAAAGCUCACUGUCACAUUUUAAUUAUCAUUUUUCACAACCAAGGGCAAAGAAGCUCUGUGUCUACCCCAAUUAGUUUGCUAACUGUACAUAAAUUUAUCAAUUGUCUGACCAUGAUUAGUCAGCGUAUGUAGGAGAGCCUAAAAAAGAAGGAAAAAUAAUAAGAAUUUUGACAAGAGAAGGAAAUUUGGAUGUUUUCUUUGAAUAUAUGGAAUGCAGAAUAAUAUGAUAGAGAUUUGAAGCAACUGUUGAGUCUCAAUUUAUUUAGUCGAAAUGAAUGAGUUGUUAACACUGUGUCCCAUUUCAAAAAUGUAUUAAAAUAAUGCAAAUGAUUGUUUACAAUUAAGUCUUUUCAUUAAUGUAACUUUUAACCAAGGUUUAAGGUAGUUCAGUACAAAGAUCAGCACUUUAGCUCUUAUUUAUCCCAACUCGCAUAUAAUAAUUAUGCAAAACUUUAGUUAUAAAUUUUUUGAAAUGUGGCCACUCGCUUGGAAAUCUCUGUAUUGAUAUCACGUAACAGAACGUGCUGUAUUUGUGAUGCAUGCGCGUGACCACAUUGACAUUGUACGAGAAGACAGGACAAGACUAGCCUAUUGGCAAUAGAGGCCAUUUACUACGGCUAUCACACCAUGAGACUAAUAUCGAUAUCAUUAAUUACAUGUGUCGUUUGAUAUAAAUGAGUAAUGAGUAUAAUUAUGUAUAAUCAAUCGUUUUAUACACAACCUAAUUAUAAACUACGUACACUAUGUACAUUCCUAGUAUACACGCUCUCACUCUCACUCUCACUUCCAUACACACAAAACAUUUACAUUACAUUACAUUACAAUACAGUACAUUACAUUACAUUAUACACGCAUAAAACGUAUGGACCUAUUAUAUAUUUAUAACGAUCAUAUAGUUAUUCUAAACGGACCACCGCAGCAUCAACAUACCGAGAUCAUUAAAUUAAUAAAUUCAUUAACAAAACAUGCCUUUGCCUAGAUACAGAAAUUCGUUUAAUAGUUACCUAGAACUGGUUAGAAAAUGUGUCCCGUGUAUAGAACAAAUAUUUAUACCAAUAUAUUAAGUUCAAGUACAGAGGCAAUAAAUAAUUGUCUUUCCUCUAAAUUUGCAUUUAUUUGAUAAAAGAAGACGACUAGCUUUACUCGAAAAUGUAGGUAGAGUUCAGAGAAUAACUAAUGCAGGUUGAUAUUCCUGGCAAUAUUAUUACACAGAGUUAUUAUUCAGACGAUAAUUAAAACUGUGCAAUGGUUCUUCGACAGAGAUUUUAUACACGAGACACAGUGAAGAUAUUUUUCAAAUAAUGUGAAAAGAAGUUCAUUAAAUCAUGGUAAUUCAAACAUAUAUAUAUGUAUAUAUAUUUAUUUAUAUAAUAUAUGUAUGUAUAUCUCAAGAAAUACCAGAUGUAUUUUCACCGAUCACUAAUAAUCAACCCCAGCAAAACACCGAGCCUUCAUAGUUUCAUACUGACCUUUACUUCAUUUAGUCUGAUAUUUCGAGAUUUAAGAGCAUGAUAUUAAACUUAGGACGGAGUUAAGUGAUCAAAAAAAAAAAAAAAAAAGAAUAAAAAAAGAAAACAAUAAGAAAACUUGAAUCGUACUCUUUGAUUAAGAAAUAUCAAUUAUUAGCCAAAGUUAGGGUUUUGCGUUUACUCUUAGUUAUUUCACACACGAUAUAUGUUUGACAUAUGAUUAUUUUAAUUUUUUGAAGUAUGUAUUAUUAUAAUCGUGGUAAUUUUUAGACUAGAGAACAAUAUAUUAGCGUAUAGAAAUUAAAGUAUACAUAAUGAUAUAAAAUAAAAAAUAAAAUAAAAUAUAUAUAUUGAUAAAAUAUUAUUGAGGUCGCGCCUAGAGAUUGGAAGUGCAUACAAUGCUGGGAAUGAAUGAAUUUGAAAAAAAGAGAGAGAAAUUUGAAAAGUGGUAUAAAGCAGCUUAGAUUGCGAUAUGUAGCUAAUCAGGCUGCUUGCGGAGAGCAUUCAUUGAUUGAACAAAAACUCAGUAAGUGUAAAUGUUUGUAAACAAAUUAUGAAACAUUAUUUGUUCAGUGCCUACAUAUUUACACAGUAAUAAUAAACAUGAAGAUUAGUGA